UGUUUGAUGAAACAAGGAAAAUAUUUUUCCAUCUAUGCGCACCGAGUGCACCGCGCAGACGAAAGUGCAAACUGCGUAUUACGCACCCUGUGUUAACGGUUUUAUAAAACGAGUCGCAGAGCGCAUUGAGAGCUCAUUUCUGUCGCUGAGUUUGAGACCGCCGGAGUGAAGAACCAAAACGUGAACAUGAGUGCACAACCGUCUGUCACCGAAUCUCAAGUAGGAGGCGCGAGUUCUGCGAUAUCUAUGCCUGGCCUUGAUCUCGACGAAUGGAAUGCGUUUAAGGCAAAACACAACAAGAAGUACGAGAACGUUGAGGAGGAGAAAAAGAGGAUGGCAAUUUAUCUCGAGAGUAAGGAAAAAAUUGCUAAACAUAACGCGGAUUUCGAGAAGGGAAUUACCACUUUUAAAAUGGGCAUCAAUCAUUUCGCGGACAUGACUCCCGAGGAAAGGAAGACACAUCACUGAUGAUGUUAACUUGGAGGAUUUCGAGAUUUACACAUUUCAGAAUUAUCAAAUUUUUUUUCCUUUACACUGACGUUUUAUUUUUCGACUUAUAAUAUUCAUCACCAUGCCGCAGAAAGUUAUUCAAAAUAUACCACAAAAUCUGCUUGGUUUUUAUCCCGUCUUUUCACCGAUUUCGCACAGGUGCAAAAUUUGUGUAAACUUGAAAUUCCAACAAUCAAAUGUUAUAUGAUACUUAUGAAAAAAUAUAUAUAUUAUAAGUCUAAAAAGUUCUAUACUUUUAUGCAUUUGUAAGCCGUUUUACGACGUUUUGUAAAAUUAUAUUCUUAAU